AUGGCAUCCAGAUUUGAUGAUUUCAAAAUUGACAAGAUCAGUUUCGAUGGAGACUCGCGGGUACAGUGGCGGAAGGCUAAUUUGAAUGGACGCAACUAUGCAUAUAUAUACGGUGAACCCGCAUCUGGAAAAUGGAAGGCUACUAUCUUCCUGCUACAUGGCUUCCCAGACCUGGCCGUAGGAUGGCGAUAUCAAAUCCCCCAUCUCCUCAAUCUUGGAUUCAGAAUCGUUGCACCUGAUCAACUCGGUUAUGGACGGACUGACGCACCCGACGACUUCAGGGAAUACGCCUUCAAGAAAAUAGCCGCUGAUUUCGCGCUGCUUGCUAAACAGCUUGGAGAGUCUCGCAUUGUGCUUUGCGGUCAUGACUGGGGCGCAGCACUAGUAUACAGAAUCUACCACCACCAACGCGCCCUAAUCUCACACAUUAUAACCGUGUGCGUGCCAUAUUCUGCUCCACGCGCAAACUACAUCCCGCUAGAUGAGAUGGUGGCCAGAUUUUUGCCGAAUUUCGGAUAUCAGCUACAAUUCCGUUCGGGGGAGGUCGAGAAAGUCAUUCGUACCAGGGAUGAUGUCCAGCAAUUCUUGCUCAGUUUGUACGGUGGAAGAACGGCCGAAGGAGAAAUUGGAUGGUCAGCAGAGAAAGGAAUCAAGCUGAAUAAAGUGGGCAAUUUCCGGCCUUCACAGUUACUGAAGGGUCAGGACCUGGAAUUCUACACCACGGAAUUCUCGCGCCACGGCAUCCACGGACCCUUGAACUGGUACAGACUGGCCGAAAUCAACUUCAAUGACGAAAAGGAGUAUGCCUCAACACCCAAAAUCGAGGUGCCAUUACUCUUCAUCCAGGCUCUCAAGGAUCUGGCCUUGCCACCUGAAAGUAUGAGCAAAUCGAUGGGCCAGAUGAUCCCGAGCUUGACGGUUGAGAAAUUGAAUACGUCGCAUUGGGCUUUGACGGAGGACCCCAAGAGGGUCAAUGAGGCUAUUGGUCGUUUCCUCGAAAAACAUUUUCCUGAGAAGAGCAGUCUGUGA